CAAAAAAAAAAUUGACCUAGCUAGCUAUAAUGUUCCUCUCAAGCCCCUGUCCACUUUCCUUUACAUUUCGCUUCUACCUUCCACCGUGAACACUUAGUGCGGUCCCGUGAUCGUCGAUUAAUACGACCGGCGCCGUAGUUAUUACUCCACCCACUACCACUCUUCUUUUCAGCUCCUUUCUACGAUAUCUCGAUCAGCCUUACAUCUUUCACUGACGCUCUUUCCCCUGGCAGCAAAGUCAUGGGACGAAGAAAGGCAAGCUGGCUCUCCUCUGUUAAGAAAGUCUUUAUGCCUAACUCCAGAGAGCACGAUAAGGAGGAAGAGGGAGCUUCAACGCAUGAGACGCCGGAGAUUGUGUCAGUUGAUCAAUUUCCAGCUGAGACGUCACCGGAGGCGACGACCAACGGCGGCGGCAGAGGGAGUGCGGCAUCUAGGGGUGAAGAAGAGGAGGAAAGGGACCACGCAAUUGCGGUGGCUUUAGCGACGGCAGCUGCUGCGGAAGCUGCGGUGGCAGCGGCGCAGGCGGCCGCUAAGGUGGUGAGGCUUGCGGGUUACGGCCGGCAGCAGUCCAGGGAGGAGAAGGCUGCUAUUCUCAUCCAAUCCUAUUACAGAGGAAGCUUGGCUAGGCGAGCGUUGCGAGCGCUGCGCGGGCUUGUGCGGCUGCAAGCGCUGGUGCGCGGACACAACGUGCGGAAGCAGGCACAGGUGACUAUGCGCUGCAUGCAAGCCCUCGUCCGAGUACAGGACCGAGUCCGAGCCCGGCGGCUUCAGCAACUAUCACGAAAUUAUUGCGGCCAGGAAGGAGGCAAGUUUUUCAGCAACAAUCCCUUCUAUGAUGAAAAAUGUCGGGAUGGAGUUUACAGGUAUAAAGACUUGUUUAUGGAUGGUGGCGGGGAUGGGGAGAUGGGGUUUGAUGAUGAGCAGGACGAAGAGAGAUUCGUUAAUGGGGAUGAAUGGAAGACUCGGGAGCGUUUGGGGGCGAGGGGUGGGUGGGAUGCGAGGCGGCGGAGCGCGGAGGACAUUAAAGUUGAGUCACAGAGGAGGCAUGAUGCAGCCGUCCGCCGUGAGCGUGCCCUGGCUUACGCUUUUUCUUGCCAGCCGCAGUGGCAGCCAGAGAGACCGCCAUGGGGUUGGAAUUGGAUGGAACGCUGGAUGGCAACCCAGCAAUGGCAGCAUCAGCAGCCGCAACACAAUCACCCAACCGAGCUCGAAGCAUCCGUCGCCACCGCAACAAGCACCGACGACCUGUCUGAAAAGAUGGUAGAGAUGGACACCGGCCGCCGAAGCCCAACAUAUCGCCGCCAUCCAAAAGACGAGAGCAGCGGAAACGCUAAUCGCCCUCCCAGCUACAUGGCUGCUACACAGUCGGCGAUAGCCAAGGCCCGAAAGCAAGCAGGGACGCAACCACGGCGGCCAUCGAUGGUGGGAGGAGGUGGAAUGGAGUCCAAGCAUGGGAGAGCGGACGCCGCCGCCGAUGGGUGGUGGGAGAAAGUUUGUGUACGCGUGAUCUGAUUUUGGUGGUGGAAUUGUGAUGUGGUGAUGCUGCAUGAUAUAUGUAUGUUAUAUAAUAUUUAUUUAAUGUAAUGAUAAAACAAAAUUGGGUGGUUUACGUUGUUUUUUCUUUGGGGUUGUUCAACACGAUCUCAUAUAUCUAUGAUGACUUCCAUGGAUGUGGUAUUUAUAUGCGUUGAUUGACUAUAGUUGGUUGUAAGGAAAAUUUUG